UCUUGAUGGUCUUGAUAGUCUCAGGGGCUUCGGGCUUGGCAAUGGACAGACUCCCGAAUGGCAAUGGUGGCAGUCCGCAUUCUAUUCCUAGAACAAACACUACCCGUACGUCGAUCGGACUCUGGAAGACGCAUAGCAAGGAGCAAGAGGAGGAAAUUAUAAUAAAUCAUAUCGACCACCGAAACGCGACACGACGUUUGGUACUACUGGCGAGCGAGUGAUUGUUAGAUGAAUUGGACCACGUAGCUUCGUCUACCUAGUACAGCUUCGCCGUAACACAAGGUCGCAACCACUUUCGUUUAUCAUGGAGUUCUCCUUGACUGGAUCGCCGGCAACGACGCCACUGGCAACGCCAGGUGGAUCUAGACAGAAAGAGCAGAGAUUCCGACCAGCAGUCGCACCGAGUCCCUACUCGGAAUACCAGCAAGCCGGCUCAGAAGCGAGUUACUUCCCCGUCCAGCCCCAGCAACAAGCGCAACCGCCACAACAACAACCCCAAACUAUGGACGGUCUAUCAAAUCAGAUGGGUACCAUGGGCCUUGGUGCACAAGCUCCCCCGGCUGCUGCACCGAGUGCGCGACCACACAAGAAGAAGGACAGACAUGCAUACCACCAGCUUGAGACACCAGCAGCUGCUCAACCUCUGCCUGGUGCUGUACCAGGAACCACUUCGUCGCAGUUUUACAAUGCUCAGAAUGCUCCCAUGCCUGGAACCGCAGCUCCAUACAUGUCUCAGCAAAUCACACCUGCCAUGUCGCAAUUCCCUGCCGCAACUUCUGCCUUUGCGCCAGCCAACCCUGUCACCUCGAUGGAGCAUGCUGCUCGUCAAGGCGACCAGCUGUUGUCGGCACCUGCUUCCUCUCAGUCAGGCCGCGUUGAUCCGGAUCAGAUCCCUAGUGUACCGAGGUCACGCGACAUUCCUGCUCGUCAUUACCAGGAGCGCAUCUAUCCUACUAUGGAACAGCAUCUCCCCCCUCCUGCUGCUGUGCCCUUUGUUGCUUUCGAUCAGGGAAACAGCUCUCCGAAGUUUGCUCGCCUCACCUUGAACAACAUUCCCACCUCGAAUGAGGCUCUUCGAACUACUGGUCUUCCAUUGGGUCUUGUCCUGCAACCACUGGCUCCUUUGCAGGAUGGCGAACAACCUGUACCCGUCCUCGACUUUGGAGAUGUCGGUCCGCCACGAUGCAGGCGUUGCAGGACUUACAUCAAUCCCUUCAUGACUUUCCGUUCUGGUGGAAACAAGUUUAUCUGCAAUUUGUGUACUCAUCCCAAUGAUGUACCGUCUGAGUACUUCGCUCCUACUGAUCCAACAGGUAUCAGAGUCGAUCGUUCACAAAGACCCGAGCUGAUGUUGGGCACUGUCGACUUCCUAGUGCCCAAGGAGUACUGGACCAGGGACCCUGUACCUCUUCAAUGGCUCUUCGUGAUCGAUGUCAGCUUGGAAGCUUCUAGCAGAGGCUUCCUCGAGGCCAUGUGUAAGGGCAUUUUACAUGCAAUCUACGCCGAGGACGGAUCAAGCAACGUUCCUGCAGGCGUCAAGGUUGGUAUUGUGACGUUUGACAGAGAAGUUCACUUCUACAACCUGACUGCAGGUCUUGAGCAAGCUCAGAUGAUCGUCAUGCCGGACAUUGAGGACCCAUUUGUACCAUUGAGUCAAGGCUUGUUCGUAGAUCCUCAGCAGUCCAAGACUGCCAUCACUUCUCUGCUCAGUCGGAUACCUGACAUGUUCUCCUCGGUCAAGAGCCCGGAACCUGCAUUGCUGCCUGCUAUCAAUGCAGCUCUGGCAGCUCUCACUGCUACUGGAGGCAAAAUCAUCUGCUCUGUUUCAAGUCUUCCUACUUUCGGUCCUGGUCGUCUCUUCCCUCGCGACAAGAAUGAGGGCCGUGACACCGAUGCUGAGAAGAAGCUUUACACUACUGAGCAUCCUGGCUGGAGAGGCACGGCUGCAAAGAUGGUUGAAGCCGGUGUUGGCAUAGACUUCUUCAUGGCCGCGCCUAGUGGAGGUUAUCUCGACAUUGCAACCAUUGGCCACUGCUGCGCGGUGUCUGGAGGUGAAACUUACUAUUACCCUAACUUCCACAGCCCACGGGAUGACUUGCGCCUAGCAAAGGAGCUCAAGCACACGGUUACUCGCGAAACUGGUUUCCAGGCCCUUAUGAAGGUCCGUUGCUCGAAUGGUUUACAGCUCUCUGCUUACCAUGGCAACUUCACACAACACACCUUUGGCGCCGACCUCGAAUUUGGCUCCAUCGAUGCAGACAAAGCGAUCACGGUCAUGUUCAGUUAUGAUGGCAAACUGGAUCCAAAACUGGACGCACACUUCCAAAGCGCUCUUCUCUACACGACCGCAACGGGUGAACGUAGAGUCCGCUGUACCAACACUGUUGCAAGCGUGAGUGAGAGCGCUCUUGAGGCCAUGAAGUUUGUCGAUCAAGAUGCUGUAGUCAGUGUUAUCUCGAAAGAAGCAGCAUCGAGAGUGUCAGAAAAGACAUUAACAGACAUCCGCAACUCCUUGAGCGAAAAGACGAUCGAUAUCUUGGCUGGCUACCGCAAGAACUUCUCGGGAUCACAUCCACCUGGUCAGCUUGUGUUGCCGGAAAACCUCAAAGAGUUGGGUAUGUAUAUGCUUGGACUGAUCAAGUCACGAGCGUUCAAGGGAGGUCGUGAGCCCAGCGAUCGCAGAAUCCAUGACAUGCGCCUGAUAAGAUCCAUGGGACCUAUGGAGUUGUCAUUGUAUCUGUACCCGCGCAUCAUCGCGAUCCACAACAUGGAACAAACCGAUGGUUUCGCGGAUGAGAACGGGCGUCUUAUGAUGCCUUCUACUAUCAGGGCAUCGUUCGGCCAGAUUGAGGAGGGUGGUGCUUACAUUGUCGACAAUGGACAGAUCUGUCUGCUCUGGCUGCACUCUCAAGUGUCACCCAAUCUGCUUGAAGACUUGUUCGGCGAAGGCUACAACGAGCUCAAGCAUUUGGAUCCGUUCAGUUCUAGCUUACCGGUGCUCGAGACACACCUCAACGCCCAAGUACGCAACAUCAUGCAGUACAUGGAGAUCACGAGAGGCUCCAAGGCUAUGACUAUCCAGCUGGCAAGACAGGGACUUGACGGCGCAGAGUACGAAUUUGCCCGCUUGCUGUAUGAGGACCGCAAUGGAGAGGCACAGAGCUACGUCGACUGGCUGGUACAUGUGCACAGACAGAUCCAGAUGGAGCUCUCCGGCCAACGUAAAAAAGAUGAAGGAGGAGUUGAUAUCAGCAACACUGUGGCAUCUACCUUCGCAGGUUUGAGAACACCAUACUGGGGCUGAUCACUGAAUGAUGAUCAAAUAAUUGUUUGGAAUGUGAAAGCGUUAAAGCGAGGGGAGUUGUUAUAUGGUUAGGC